AUGCAGCCUCUUCAACCUCUUUCUGGUAUCCCAUACUCCUCUAAACUUUUCUCUCUCAACACACUCCUAAAAGUAGACUGCAUAGUGAUAAUUGAGAUUCACAACAGUAAUAUGGAUAACGCUCAAGACGAUGUUUGCAUAUGUCCUAGCUUCAACAGCUAUUCAUCAGAUCGAUUACCGGAGAUCGCAAUCAGAGUCGCUGACGACGAUUUUGAAUUCGCUUUGCUACGCGAAGAUAAGGAGGUUUCCGCCGCGGACGACGGCCCGGUUUUCCCCGUAUUUAACCGCGAUUUGAUAGAAUGCGGCGGAAUCGAGCAGCCGGAGUCGAACAAUCUGAUUCCGUUGAGAAAACUUUUCGCUGAAGAGGACAACGAGGAGCGCGAUUCUCAGCCGUCGUGUUCCUCGUCGGAGGCUGACGAGCUGGAGAACGUUCCGGCAGGCACGUACUGCGUGUGGAGGCCUCUGCCGAGCCAGUGCGAGAAGAGCAAAUCGACUGGAUCGGCUUCGAGGCGGUGGAAGAUCCGAGAUCUGCUGCGGCGGAGCAAAAGCGACGGGAAGGAGAGUUUUGUGUUCCUGACGCCGAAGCAGCGCGAAGAGAAUCCGGUGAAACUGAUGCUCCGAUCUCCGGAGCAAGGGCGAGGUAAAGGAUCUAAUUCCGCGGCGGCGGCGUCAGCGCAUGAGGCGUUUUACGUGCGGAACAGAGCGAUGAAGGAAGAGGAUAAGAGGAAAUCAUAUCUGCCGUACCGGAGAGACCUCGUCGGGUUUUUCGCUAACGUGAGCGGUGUGCGCACGAGUUUCUCGCGUGCAUCCAAGGAUUGUACGUUGCACGCCAAUUGA